AUGUUACCUGAACCACUUGAUCUCCAAAAUUGGAUCAAAAAUAAUGAACAUUUACUUCAACCACCUGUAAAUAAUUACCUUGUUCAUCGUGGAGGGUUUUCAAUUAUGAUCGUUGGAGGUCCUAAUGCUAGAACUGAUUAUCAUAUAAAUCAAACACCAGAAUAUUUCUAUCAAUUUAAAGGAACUAUGUGUUUGAAAGUUGUAGACGAUGGACAAUUUAGAGACAUUUUCAUCAAAGAAGGUGAAUCAUUUUUGUUACCUCCAAACACUCCUCAUAAUCCAACGAGAUUCGAGAAUACUAUUGGUUUAGUAGUUGAACAAGAUAGACCUAAAGAAAUGAAUGAUAAAUUAAGAUGGUAUUGUAUGAAUUGUAGGGAACAAAUUCAUGAAGUUGAAUUCUAUUGUUACGAUUUAGGAACUCAAGUCAAAGAAGCUAUAGUUGCAUUUGAUGGAGAUAUGAAAGCAAGAACAUGUGAAAAGUGUGGGACUUUGAAUUAUUCAAGACCUCAAUAG